AGUGUGCGCUUACACGUUCGCGCACACCUUCACGUUAUACCGUAUUGGUGUCGGUACGUGACAGACUAUUUUUAUAGCUCCCUUCCCUUUACGAGUGUCCUAACCGGAGAGAAUCUGAAAAAAUGGCCACCAAACCCGUACAAAACAAGACCAAAUCGGCCAAAUCUGGCAGCGCCAGCGGCAGCAGCUUCAAGGAAAUCUGGGACCGGGCACUGAAGCCAAACUCGGAAUGGGCGGAGAAGGACGACUUCCUGGAUGUGAUCUACUGGUCCCGGCAGAUCAUCGGCAUCCUGAUUGGCGUCGUGAUGGGCAUCGUCCCGCUGAAGGGCUUUAUCGCGUUGGCCCUGUUUGCGCUGAUCAACUGCGGCAUCGUGUACCUGUACUCGACCAGCUAUCAGUCGGUUGACGAGGAAGCCUACGGCGGAAUCUGGGAGAUCAUUAAGGAGGGAUUUAUGACGUCGUUUGCAUGCUUCCUGGUGACGUGGAUCAUAUUUUACACCGGAAUACACUUUGACUCGGUAACGACGGCCAAGAUGCAAUGAUUGUUUUUUAAGUAAAUGCAAAUACUCUGUCUUCAGCAGCGGAUAAUAACUAAUUUAUAUUUGAAUAAUGAUUAAAGCAAGUUAAGCAAAUAAAGUCAACCAAAUUGAGAGGAACGUGUGAACGAAA